AUGGUAGAAUUACGGUUUAUCCGACUCAACACCACUCAAUUGACCUUGUGUAAAAACAAGAAACGAGCAGCGAGUCAUGGAUUUAUAAUAUUCAGGGCCGAAAUAUGUACAUUAGCAAGCACACUACUGGCGAGGCUAUGCUGUAUUCAUGAUUGGCACUUCGUACACGAAGUCGCUUACCUGUUAAUAAGGAUCAUUUGGGUGUUUGGUUUAGUUAAUUGUAUUACUUGA